GUCUCGGUAAGGCGGCGGUCACGUGUUGUUUUGCUCUUUAGUUGGGGCACUCGGUGCGCGAUGUGUUACUUACGGCGAAACUCCCGCCGGCGCCGGCAGCAGCCGCGGCGGCAGCAGCAGCAGCAGCAGCAGCAGCGGCCGGGGAGCGGCAGCGGCGCAGCCGCCGGUACCCGAGCCGGGGAGGACGCCGGGCGGCCGCCGGCAGCGCCCGCUGCCUAGAGGCGACGGCGGAGGACCCCGCUGCGGCUCCGGGCAGCCGCGCUCUCCCUGCGGAGGAAUAACUUUAUUUUACCCGCUUCUCGCCACCACUACCCCCCCCCCCCCCCCCCCCCCCCCGCUCUCCGCGUCGCUCGGCCCCCAGCCCCGCUCGGCGGCGGCAGCGAGAGAAGCCGGGCGGCGCUCCCGCCGCGGGGCCGGGGAUGGCGAGCCCCGCCGUGCUGGGGCUGCUGCCCCCCCUGAGCUCCCCGCCCGGCCCCAACCUCAACAACAACAACAACAACAACCAGGGCGUGAGGAAGUGCGGGUACCUGCGCAAGCAGAAGCACGGCCACAAGCGCUUCUUCGUGCUGCGGGGCCCGGGCGGCGGGGAGGAGGCGGGGGGCGCCCGGCUGGAGUACUACGAGAGCGAGAAGAAAUGGAGGAACAAGUCCGGGGCGCCCAAGCGGGUGAUCGCCCUGGACUCCUGCCUCAACAUCAACAAGCGGGCGGACGCCAAGCACAAGUACCUCAUCGCCCUCUACACCAAGGACGAGUACUUCGCCGUGGCGGCCGAGAACGAGCAGGAGCAGGAGGGCUGGUACCGGGCGUUCACCGACCUGCUCAACGAGGGCAAGGCGGCCUGCCAGGGGUCCCCCCACCGCCACCUCGCCUCCCCCUUCUCCGCCUCCUGCAGCGCGGCCGCCGCCUCCCUCGCCGCCGCCGGCGAGGACCUCAGCUACGGGCUGAUCGCCCCGGCCGCCGCUGCUUACCGGGAGGUCUGGCAGGUGACCCUGAAGCCCAAGGGCUUGGGGCAGAGCAAAAACCUCACCGGCGUUCACCGGCUCUGCCUCUCGGCCCGCACCAUCGGCUUCGUGCGCCUCAACUGCGAGCUGCCCUCGGUCACGCUGCAGCUGAUGAACAUCCGCCGCUGCGGCCACUCCGACAGCUUCUUCUUCAUCGAGGUGGGGCGCUCGGCGGCCACCGGCCCCGGCGAGCUCUGGAUGCAGGCGGACGACUCGGUGGUGGCCCAGAACAUCCACGAGACCAUCCUGGAGGCCAUGAAGGCGCUGAAGGAGCUGUACGCCUUCCGGCCCCGCAGCAAGAGCCAGUCCUCCUCCUCCUCCUCCUCCGGUGGGGCCGCCGGGCCCGGCGGCGGCGCCUCCGCCACCCACCCCAUCACCGUGCCCGGCCGCCGGCACCACCACCUGGUCAACCUGCCCCCCAGCCAGACCGGCCUCCUCCGCCGCUCCCGCACCGACAGCCUCGCCGCCGGCGCCGGCAGCAAGUGCACGCCGUGCCGGGUGCGGACGGCCAGCGAGGGCGACGGCUGCCGGGUGGGCUCGGCGGCCGGCAGCCCCAUGAGCCCGGGCCCCGUGCGGACCCCCCUCAGCCGCUCGCACACGCUUAGCGGCGGCGGCGGGGGCCGGCAGGCGGGGAAGCUGCUGCCGGUGCUGGCCGGCGGCGGCCUGCAGAGCAGCCGCUCCAUGUCCAUGCCCGCCUCCCACUCGCCCCCCUCCGCCACCAGCCCCGUCAGCCUCUCCUCCAGCAGCGGCCUGGGCUCCGAGGCGGCCCCCCCGCAUCACCCGCAGCGGCCGUCCAGCGGCAGCGCCUCUGUCUCCGGCUCCCCCAGCGACGCCGGCUUCAUGUCCUUCGACGAGUACGGCUCCAGCCCGGGCGGCGACCUGCGGCCCUUCUCCUCCUCCUCCACCGCCAGCAACCGCAGCAACACCCCCGAGUCGGUGGCCGAGACCCCCCCGGUGCGGGACCCCGGGGGCGGCACCGACCUCUACGGCUACAUGGCGAUGGAGCGGCCCCCGAGCGGCCGCCUCUGCUACCGGCCGUGCCCCGACGCCGCGGCCGACCGGGGCCAUCGGAAGCGGACCUACUCCCUGACCACCCCGUGCCGGCAGCGGCCCCCCCCGCCGCAGGUCUCCUCCGCCUCCCUCGACGAGUACACGCUGAUGCGCGCCACCUUCGCUGGCAGCGCCGGCCGCCUCUUCCCGUCCUGCCAAGCCGGGGCUUCCCCCAAAGUGACCUACACCCCCUACCCCGAGGACUACGGGGACAUCGAGAUCGGCUCCCACCGCAGCUCCGGCAGCAGCAGCACCAACCUGGGGCCGCCGGCAGCGGGAGGAGGAGGAGGAGGAGGAGGGGGGGGGGGAGAUGAUGACGGCUACAUGCCCAUGACCCCCGGCGUGGCCGCCGCCUUGGGGCAGGGAAGCCGGGGCGGCGAUGACUACAUGCCCAUGAGCCCCACCAGCGUGUCCGCCCCCAAGCAGAUCCUGCAGCCCCGGGCGGGGCUGGGUGGCGGGUCCCCCGGGAACAGGAGCGGCUACAAGACCAGCUCGCCCGGGGAGAGCUCCCCCGACGACAGCGGGUACAUGCGGAUGUGGUGCGGCUCCAGGCUCUCCGUGGAGAGCUCGGACGGGAGGCUGAGCUGCGGCGACUACAUCAAUAUGUCCCCUCGGGACCCCCAGCACGGGCCCCAGGCUCCCUCCCUCACCCCCCCGGACUUCUUUUUCGCCCCUUCGGGGCACGGGCACGGCGAGCCCCCCAAGCCCGGCUGCUAUUCGUACAGCUCCUUACCCCGUUCCUACAAGAGCCAGGGCCCGGCGAAGGACAGCGACCAGUACGUCUUCAUGAACUCCCCGGGGAGGACGAUCCCGGAGGAGGCGGUGUGUGGAGCGGGCCGGUCGCCCGCCAGCACCUUCGCCCCCUCCAGCCACACGGUGCCUUCGCCCCUGCGGCACAGCCGGACCGAGAGCUUCCUGAGCCAGCGGUGCCAGCGGGCGGCCCGGCCCAGCCGCCUCUCUCUGGAGACCUUGCGGACGAUGCUGCCCAGCAUGAACGAGCACCCUCUGCCGCCCGAGCCCAAGAGCCCCGGCGAGUACAUCAACAUCGACUUCGGGGAUGCCGCCGUCUAUUCGCCCCCCUCGCUGCCUGCCGACAGCCCGGCCUCCUCCCUGGGCUCGGGCACGGGGCAGAGGCGCUCCCCUCUCUCUGACUACAUGAACAUCGACUUCGGGUCGCAGUCGCCCUCCCAGUCGGGCACGGUCUCGGUGGGCUCCCUGGAAGCGCUCUCGCCGGGCUCUUCCUCCAGCACCAGCCAGCCCGAGGGGCGCUACCUGAAGGCGGCUGUGGGGGUGGCCUGUUCGUCCAGCCCGUCCGACGGCGGGGAUUACACCGAGAUGACCUUUGGCAUGGCCACCACCCCACCCCAACCCAUCGUUCAGAAGCCAGAAAGUGCCCGGGUCGACAGCCCCACGGCUGGGGUGAAGAGGCUCACCCUCUCCGGGGUGGAGGCUUUCAUCCUCUCCAGCCCUCCCCCGGACCCGAACCGGGGGGCCAAGGUCAUCCGGGCGGAUCCCCAGGGGCGCAGGAGGCACAGCUCGGAAACCUUCUCCUCCACCACCACUGUGACCCCCGUGUCCCCCUCCUUCGCACACAACCCCAAACGGCACAACUCGGCCUCGGUGGAGAACGUGUCCCUCAGGAAAAGCGAAGGCCUGGAGGAGGAGCAGGGUAGCAGCCCCAUGUGCCGGGAGACCUCGGCUGGCUUCCAGAACGGCCUCAACUACAUCGCCAUCGACGUGGUGGACGGGACCCUGGCAAACUGUGACAAAGCCAGGUCGAGAGCCAGGCACGUCCUGAACGGCGGUGUCAACGGCAUGGAGAUGAGCGCCUAUGCCAGCAUAGACUUUCUGUCUCACAACCUGAAAGAAGCGAGUGCUGUGAAAGAUUGCAAAUGCUGGGUGUUCAAAGACAACAGCAAACCGAAGAAAUCUGAAACUUGGGAGUGAAGGAGUUAGUUUUCUCACCAUGACCUCAAACAACAGAGUACAACAUUCAAAGAAGCUGCUCGGCAUAUACCUUUUUGUUUUGGUUUGGUUUUUUUGUUGUUGGGGGUUUUUUUUUGUAACUGAAGCUGCUUAAGGUUUCCUUUUUGUUGUUGUUAUUGUUGGUCCGGACAGUUACUUAACUGUUGUGGACUAAACUGUGCAACAAAUCUGGGAGGAAGGGAAAGCAACCUGCCUAACUCAUUCCCUGUCCAUGGCAUCUACGGUAUCGUUUUGCUGCUGUUUCGACAGAAGUUGGAGAUGCUCUUUAAAUCGUAGGAACUUUUCUGCCGGCCUCUUUAACUAACGGCCAAUGCCUUCAUUUCCUUUUUCUGCAAAGACAAACUGUAUUUAUUCUUCGUCAUAUUAGGGGAUUCUGUAACACCCGCUGAAGCAGUAAGAUCUGGUAUUUACUGGCAUAAUUUCAAGCCUACCACAGUACUACCUCAGUUCAAAGUAAAGCCGGAUUUACGGUGUUGGUGUACGACAGGACCUCCUUUAUCUCUAUGCUGAGUCUCUCUCAAGAACGGUCGUCAGCCUUACUGAACUUGCAACGCGUACAGUUGCUGCUGCUGGGUUGUGAAUCACUAGCCGCAGGGUUUACUUCUCAGACAAAGCCUAACCAGGGCACUGGAAAGUCUAAAAUGGGAUAAAACUCUGUGAAUCGGACUUGGACAGAGGAUUCAGAGUAGUUAAGAAAUAUAAAAUGUGUAACUGAAGCAACGUGAGUUAAAAACAUCAAACUGUAUUGGGGGUAUCUCUCUGUACCUUUGACACACUUGUUUAAUCCUCUCUAUGUAGGUGUUUAUGUAGGUACUUCAGAUUGCAAAAGCCUUUUCUCCUAUUUACAAGCUCACUUUUGUCAGCUAACUCUGUUCUUAGCUGCGUUUCUUGUAACCAAAAAUCCACGUAGGCAUGCUAGGAAUGCAGGGAUGAUAAUAGGUAUCGGGCAGAUUUAAGCGCUAAUAUUAACACAGUAUUAUCUUGCCAUCUAGAAAGUCCUGAUAUUUGCCUUUUACCAGGAAAGCACCAUUGCAGCUGCAGGCAUUAUUACAGGGAAGAAGAACCAUUGCAGUCACUUAUCCUGAGUUCUUUUCAAGGCUACCCGUGCAUCACAUUUCCAGUAGCCUGAAAAUCCGAGUGAUGUGGCGGCUACCGUCACAAAUGUCACGUACAACUGUUGCACCAGACUAGCGGAAUGUCAUGCCACCUUGUUUCUCCUUCGAUAAAUUUGUUGAAGAGUUCGUAUACAUUUUAAGGGUACCUCCCCAGUGCCUGCUCUGAUAGACAUGUAAGUAUUACUAAGUUAUUUGAGUUACAUGAGACUUUUUUUCUUUUUUUAAAUCAUUGUGCUAGGUGGAACCUGUACUUCACUAUUGACAAUGCAUUAUCUUUUGGGAUUUUUUUUUUUUCUGAGGAAGACAAGAGUCAAUGUCUUACAAAUAUAAUGAAUGGCAAUGCGGUCUUCCUGCUUACGUGCUGAAUUUUUAGAACUGAGGAUUGUAUUACAAGACAAAGAUGAAUGUAAACUAAUUCCUUCCCUACCCCAUGAUACAGGUUAUUUUUCAGUGUAAUUUUGGGGGUCUGAAAUCACAGCAAUGCAUAGUCUAAUACAAUAUUAGAUCUAAAAUCAAUUUAAAUAUCUGAUCUAUCUGAAGUUUUUUUUUUUUAAAUAACAAUACUAUAAAUGGUUCUAAGACAUUCUAAAAUGCUGCUCAUUCAAGUCUGGAACUGAAAAAAAACAAAUACCUUUGACAUUUUCUGUCUGAACCUCCCCAUAGCACUGAGUGUGGUACCUGCUGAAUUCAAUGUUUUGAACUUCUAUUUGGAAGUAGCCCUCUGUACCAAUUAAGAAAUCAUGCCACUAAAACAAAUGGCUAAAAUGCAUACAGCAACUUCAAAACAAAAACUUGACAAUAUAGUCAACUCUUCUCUAUCCUGUAUAUUUCACAAAGGCAUAUGCAAUACUUACAUUCUUAAUUUAGUUUACAGAAUGGAACCAAAAUGUAUAAAUGUUAUGUUUGCUAAAACUUCACAAUGUAUAUUGGGUCUUUGUACAUUUUGCCUGACUUACCUUAAAUUUAAAAUAUUUUUUGCUAUAUAACCUUAACAGUUAUUAAGCAGUGUUUUCUUUUUUGGGUACGUAUUGUUUCUGGAUAUCAAGAUGUUAAAUAUAUUUCUUGCUAUUGUGAUAUGACAAGAGACUUAACUUAUCUUGCUGUGUCUUCCAAUGUACACGCUGUAUAUAAGGAUAAAUGUGAUGCUGCUGGAGACCAGAAUAAAUGGAACUAGAGUAGUGUAUUGUAUUUAGUCUGUAUUGAUCAUGGAUGCUCUCCUUAAUAGCCAUAUGCAAUAAAAUACAUUAUUUAUGAAAGGA